CUGCAGCUGCUGAGUGUUAGUGAGACAAACGAACGGCUCUGGCAGCUUCUAAACACUGACAGCUGGAUUGUCAAUAAUGUUUCCUCCAGCUCUGGCAAUGGAUCAGUGCUGGUAUCAUGGGAACAUCACUCGCUCCAAGGCUGAGGACCUGCUCUCCAAAGUGGGAAAGGAUGGCAGCUUCCUAGUGCGGGCCAGUGAGUCGAUCUCCUCGGCGUACGCACUCUGUGUUCUGUUCCGGAAUUGUGUUUAUACCUACAGGAUUCUACCCAAUAAAGAAAAUAAGCUAAUUGUCCAGGCAUCAGAAGGCGUUCCAGUGAAGUACUUCGACAACUUGGAUGAACUGAUAGAGUUUUACAAGAAGGAGAACAUGGGUCUGGUAUGGCACCUGAGAUAUCCUGUCCAACGGGAAGAGGAGGAGGCAGCUGAUGAACCAGAGGAGGAUGCGGACCCUGUACCAACCCCACCCAUAUUACCCCCACGACCCUUCCUGGUGGCACUCCCGGCAAGCGAGAUGAAAGAAGCGUCUCCCCUGAAUGAAAAUUCCAAGGUGGCAGAAGUCAGCAAACUGUCCCUUUCUGAGACGCUACUUCAGCGGCUGCAGUCCCAGGACACCAGCAGUGUUUCUGAGGAACACCUAAAGUUAAUCCAGGAUUAUCUGCGAGUUCACAUCACCAGCGACUUUGAGAUGGUGCAGAUGGGCUCCAGCAGUCUCCCCCAGCUGAAGAAACUGCUCACAGUGCUCUGCAAAGGGCUCUUCAGUGAGGCAUCUAGGACUCUCCCUUCCCUGGAGUCCAUCCAGAAGGUGUUUGACCAGCAGCUGCCUUCUGGUAUCCAUCAGCGUUCUCAAUUGCUUGGGGAAGCCAGUCCAGUCAAUGUUGUGUUGAAGCUCAAUCAGCUGAUCUCUUUGCUGUCCUCGGCUGAAGAAAAGGUGAAAACACUGUUGAUUGAAGGACCCGAUUCAACACAUCGGCGUUCUCUCAUCCCUCCUGUAACCUUUGAGGUGAAAGCAGAUUCUCUAGGAAUUUCCCAGAAAAUACACCUCAAAGUUGAUGUGGAGCUGGGGAAAUUGAUUAUCAAGAAAGCCAAGGAUGGUCCUGAAGACAAGUUCUAUAACCAUAAGAAAAUUCUGCAGCUCAUCAAGUCCCAGAAGUUCCCUAACAAACUGGUGAUCGUAUUGGAGACUGAAAGAGAGAAAACGCAGCGGAAAGAAUAUGUUUUCGCUGACUCUAAGAAAAGAGAAGGGUUCUGCCAGCUUCUGCAGCAGAUGAAGAAUAAACACUCUGAGCAACCAGAGCCUGACAUGAUCACCAUCUUCAUUGGGACCUGGAACAUGGGUGCUGCUCCUCCUCCAAAGAAGAUCACAUCCUGGUUUCUCUCCAAGGGGCAGGGAAAGACCCGGGAUGACUCCGCUGACUAUAUUCCCCAUGACAUUUAUGUCAUUGGCACCCAGGAGGACCCCCAAGGGGAGAAGGAAUGGCUGGAAGUUCUGAGACAAUCCUUGCAGGAAAUCACCAGUAUCAGCUUUAAAAUGAUAGCAAUCCAUACGCUCUGGAACAUCAGGAUUGUCGUCCUGGCCAAGCCAGAACAUGAGAACCGGAUAAGCCACAUCUGCACAGACAACGUGAAGACAGGAAUUGCAAACACACUGGGCAAUAAAGGAGCUGUGGGAGUCUCAUUCAUGUUUAAUGGAACCUCCUUAGGGUUUGUUAACAGCCAUUUGACUUCAGGAAGUGAAAAGAAACACAGGUGGAGGGCAGUGGAAGGCUCUACGCAAGAGGAGCUGGGGCGGGUCCAGCUGCCUUGCGAGGACCAGAUCAUCCUGCUGAAGGGCUGCUGCAUGGAGAUCAUGUCGCUGCGGGCGGCGGUGCGCUACGACCCCGAGAGCGAGACGCUGACGCUGAGUGGCGAGAUGGCCGUCAAGCGGGAGCAGCUGAAAAAUGGUGGACUGGGCGUGGUGUCCGAUGCCAUCUUCGACCUGGGCAAGUCGCUCUCCGCCUUCAACCUGGACGACACGGAGGUGGCGCUGCUCCAGGCCGUGCUGCUCAUGUCCUCAGCUGUUGUCAGCAAACCCCAGCGAGAUGUGCGGCGGGAAGCAGAGAAUAUUAUCCAGAGGAUCAAACAACAGCAGUAUCCAGAGUUGCUGGGUUUUGACCAGCUUCUCAUGGAGAAAAAGGACCAAAAGGUGUUUCUGCAAUUUGAGGAAGAAGAGAUCACUUUUGCUCCAACUUAUCGUUUUGAAAGAAAUACCCGGGAGAAGUAUGUAUACACCAAGCAGAAAGCAACAGGGAUGAAAUUCAAUUUGCCGUCCUGGUGUGAUCGAGUGCUUUGGAAAUCAUACCCUAUGGUGCACGUGGUGUGUCAAUCCUAUGGCUGCACCAGUGACAUCAUGACCAGUGACCACAGUCCUGUCUUUGCUACAUUUGAAGUUGGGGUCACCUCACAGUUUGUCUCAAAGAAUGAUUCCAAGUACACAGAGUCCCAGGGGCAGAUAGAAUUCCUGAGCUGCUGUGCCACUCUGAAGACCAAGUCCCAGACCAAAUUCUACAUUGAGUUCUACUCCAGCUGCUUAGAAAGCUUUGUAAAGAGCCAGGAAGGGGAAAAUGAGGAUGGGAAUGAAGGGGAACUCGUGGUGAAGUUCAUUGAGGCACUUCCUAAGCUGACUCCGAUUAUUUCAGACCCGGAGUACCUGCUGGACCAGCACAUCCUGAUCAGUAUUAAGUCUUCAGACAGUGAUGAAUCGUAUGGUGAGGGCUGCAUUGCCCUGAGGAUAGAAGCUACAGAAUCGCUAGUCCCCUUCCAUACUGUGCUAACACACCAUGGUGAGAGAACAGGGGUCUUCCAAGGUGAAAUCAAGUUACAGACAUCCCAAGGAAAGCAGAGAGAGAAACUGUAUGAUUUUGUGAAGAUUGAACGGGAUGAGACUGCUGGGCAGAAACCAAAGGGCAUCAGCAGCCUGGAUCCCAUCAAAGAGUGGGAGCAAUCUAUCAGAAAAUCAAAAUCUACUCACUUGAUGGCUAAAGAAGCAGCAGCUGUUGCUCGCUUUCGGGGAAAUGCUUCCUCUCCUCCAGACACACAGGGCAAGGAUGACAUGUUACGCAGCUCCACCCCCACGGACAUCAGCAAUCCCAACUAUAUGGGGGUGGUCUCUUUCUCUCAGCAAUUCUCUGCACCUGGCCAGCUUAAGCAGAGCCCUUCAUCAGACCAGCCAUCUGCCUUCUGGACCUAUGACCAGCAGCCUAAAGAGAACGUCCCUGUGAUGGGACACCGGGAGUCUACCUCCACGUCUUCCUCCCAGUCCCCCUUGUCUCCAAAACCAUCCAUUCAGCCUACGACAAACCGAAGUUCUGGCGCCAGGAGUCAAGAGCAUGUGCCAGCUGACAUGGGAAAAAGCGUGGCAGAGUCUUUGCUUCAAGAGGAAAUUCAGCAGAAGCCUGAGAUGUUUGACAACCCACUGUACGGCGCCAUGAGCUCUAAGGGGAAGGUGGCAUCCAAGAAGGAACAAGACUACACCCCGGUCUUGCGAAAGGAGCACCAACUUAUUCCGAAUCAUGGCGCCCUUCUCACUAAGUCGCAUGAUGCCGACAGCAGCAAGUCUUCCAACAAGCAGCCAUCCCCUCCUUUCCUGAUCCCCACGCCCAGAUUCCGGUCCUACACCUGCUCCAGCCAAUCUGAGGAAAAAACUAUAAGUGAAAAGGCUCAGGGCAAGCAGAAGCCAACUGCCUCCUUAGAAAACCCAGCACCACUGAAAAAACCAGUCAAAUCCUCAAGGUCUGAAGUAGGUCCAAGCAGUCAGGGACAGUUCAGCAAACCACCUCUUCCUACAAAGAGCCGGGCAGUUCUAGACAUGCAGACUACCAAGGGCCGAGACUACCGGGAGAAUUCAGACCUCCCUCAUCAGGGAAAGCAUCGAACCGAAGAGGGGACAGUUGGUAGGACAGCCACACCGUGACUGCAACAUGGCAGAUGGCAUCCUGGGAGGAACCCUAAAGGGAAGAAACAAGAUUACCACUUUGUUCACAUUACUAUCCUCUGGUCUGGUGUUGAAAGGACUGGGGCGUUCUAUUUUUGAGAGUGUCUCUCUCUCUCUUUAUCAUUAUAAAAGUCUUCUAGCUGAGAAAUUAAGCACAAGUUGUUCAGAUGAAGAAGAGACAGGACAACAAUGACAAAUGCAAGAAGACAAGGUUCUCAGUUAACCUUCUGCAGUGUCACUUUGGUACUUAAUCUAGGAGGCAAGGCGUUAAAUAUCUUAGUACUCUUUUGGAGAAGAGGAAGGACAUAAGGACAAACAAAUGGGGUGGGUGGAUGGAAAGAGCCCCCUGCACAAACAAACGAAAACCUUUUUCUCGAGUUCCAAAAUCCCAAUCCUGAGUGACAGUUACUCCAAAGGAAGCAUCUUGACAGCGGUACAGCUCCCAGAGCAGGUCACUCCAAUGGAGCAAGGAGUCAGGGGAGGCUGGGAAAGAGUUUGAACAAUGGACAUUUAAGAGUGUCACAUCAUAUAAGGUUUCAGCCUUGUCUCUUGUGGGAACCCCAAGCUGUGUACAGGCAUCCACCGGCUACAGGCAUCCGUGGAGAGUAUGAGGAUUUGUUUCCUGGCACUGCAGCUCUUGUUUUUAGCAACUAGUGCUGUUCUUCCUUCACAAAAACAUCCUGGGGAAGAGUGAAAGGGCAGAACUACACACAGGAAUGGGAGUGGUAGGUUAGGCCCACGUAUGGUCUAGAAAUGUAGACCUGAGGGGAAAUCAGUCAUUCCAGCCAUUUUAUUUUUGUUUUUAUGGGAGUCACGCUUCUUUGAAGGACAUUUGGGUUGGUUGGUUUAGUAGCAUCCUAUUAGAGUCAUGCUGACCUUAUUGUAAUUUUGAUCAUUGCCUGAGAACUAAUCAUGUUAACAUCUGUAAUUUUUAUAUCCAUGUUAAGUACUAGUGCAGUGGUUUACAGUGACGCUGGGCCUAUUUGUGACUUGAUCGUUGCUACUGUUCCCUGUUCAUUACUAAAAAAAUAAAAAUUAGACUCAUUUCUAACCA